GCGAUCAUCAAUGGGAGUCGGAGGGGGACGAGACCGAGAGAAACAAUGGGAGAGGCUGCGAUUCGUGCCAUCGUCGAAGCGAUUCACUCAUCUCCGACGCAGGCCGUCGUCUAUCUUUCCGGCGGUGCCUCUCUGGCUUUAGGUUGGUUGAUGUCGGUUCCUGGAGCUUCGAACACGCUUCUGGAAGCCGUGGUUCCUUAUUCCAGAGUUUCUAUGGUCCAAUUACUCGGCAGGGUUCCGAGCCAACACUGCAGCCAAGCAAUGGCCAAGGAGAUGGCCUUGUUAGCCUACAAUCGGGCUCUUAAGCUCUCUAGACCAGGAUAUCCCGUUCUUGGUGUGGGCUUUACGGGAUCUUUGGCAACUUCUCUUCCAAAGCGUGGGGAUCACAGGUUCUUUUUGUCUAUGAGAGCAUCCAACCGGAUCUGGGAAUCUUCUGUCACUCUAACCAAGAAUCUACGGAGCCGAGAGGAAGAAGAUGAGGUGUCAAGCUGUGCACUGAUCCAGGUGGCUAUGGCCAAGGCAUGCCAAGUUUCUGGGACUCUUGACUCUGGCUUGACCGAGUCUGAGGUGCCUUAUGAGUCUGAAACCCAGUUUAGUGAAGAACAAGAACUAGAACAGCUUAUAAAUGGGGAGUUGUGCUGUAAGAUUUAUCCAUUUUCUGGUGAAGCAUACGGGGGGUCUGAUGAAGAUAGAAAGAUUAUACUGCCUGGCUCUUUUAACCCAUUACAUGACGGUCACCUCAAGCUGUUGGAAGUUGCUAUGAGCGUUUGUGGGGGCGGGUACCCAUGCUUUGAAAUAUCCGCAAUAAAUGCCGACAAACCACCACUUUCAGUUGCACAGAUCAAAGAUCGUGUAAAGCAAUUUGAAGCAGUUGGAAAGACGGUAAUAGUUUCAAAUCAGCCAUACUUCUACAGGAAAGCUGAGCUCUUCCCAGGAAGCAGUUUUGUAAUUGGCGCUGACACUGCAGCAAGGCUUGUCAAUCCAAAGUACUAUGAAGGAAGCUACAAAAGGAUGUUGGAAAUACUUGGUGAUUGCAAACGGACAGGUUGCAGUUUCCUUGUUGGUGGCCGCAAUGUAGAUGGUGUAUUUAAGGUUCUUGAAGAUCUUGAUAUUCCAAAGGAAAUAGUCGACAUGUUUAUCUCAAUUCCAGCAGAAAAAUUCCGGAUGGAUAUAUCCUCCACCGAGAUAAGAAAAAACCAAGGGGGUGUUACUUCAUAAUACACGAAUUAAUGAAUUUUCGACCCGCAUUUAAGUUAAGUUUUGGGGCCGCAAGACAGUUUCUUCUGUGCAGUUGCUUUUUGAUAUGAUCUUUACUGUUCCAUUUUAUUAGUUAUUAUGGAAUGCUUACGUAUUGCACAAACGAGUUUGGAAAAGGAUAUCCUUUGUAUUAAUUAUUAGAGCACCACCUUAUUAGUUAUUAUGGAAUGCUUACGUAUAGCCUCGCACCAGCUUGGAAAAGGAUAUUUUCUUUGUUCUUGCAAUGCUUGUGUGUAAUACUACUGUAGUUGCAACCU